AUGAACGUCCUGAAGCUUCAAAAGAAAUUUCCACAGCUCCCACAGAACGAGAUCUUUGGUCUUUCCGAUGCCUUCCAGCGUUUGGAUGUCGACGACAAGGGGUACUUGGACGAAGCUACCGCGAUCAAGGCCACGCAGCAGAGCGAGAAUCAACCCUACGAUGUCGUCCGUCAAGCUUUGAAAGAAGUAGAACUCGACUCUUCCCGACGCGUAGAGCUUGAAGAUUACGUUGGGCUUGUCGCCAAACUGCGCGACAAUGCGUCUGGCCCGAAAGCUGCUGCUGCUGCUCCCACCCCCGCCAGCGGUGGUGUCGUUUCUCAGCGCACAGGCGGUGGUCACGCUUCAAAAGGCAGCGUCAGCGGGAAGAUUCAGGUGCAAGGAUCCAAUGCCAACAUCACCCACACGAUCAACGAGGAUGAGCGUACCGAAUUCACGCGGCACAUCAAUGCGGUCCUUGCCGGCGAUCCCGACCUUGGCUCUCGGCUCCCUUUCCCUACAGAUACCUUCGAGAUGUUCGACGACUGCAAGGACGGCCUCGUACUGGCUAAGCUCAUCAAUGACAGCGUACCUGACACAAUCGAUGAGCGUGUCCUGAACAUGGCGGGCAGGAAGAUCAAAUCUCUCAAUGCCUUCCACAUGACGGAGAACAACAACAUUGUGAUUGAGUCUGCCAAGGGUAUCGGCUGCUCUGUUGUCAACAUUGGUGCUGGAGACAUCAUCGAAGUGAGGGAGCAUCUCAUUCUGGGAUUGAUUUGGCAAAUCAUUCGCCGUGGGUUGUUGGGAAAGAUUGAUAUCAAGCUGCAUCCCGAGUUGUAUCGCCUUCUGGACGAGGAUGAGACCUUGGAGCAGUUCCUCCGUCUGCCCCCAGAGCAGAUUCUGCUGCGCUGGUUCAACUAUCAUCUCAAGGCGGCGAACUGGUCACGGAGAGUGAACAACUUCUCAAGCGAUGUCAAGGAUGGCGAGAACUACGCAGUUCUCUUGGCACAGAUCGGUCCUGAGUAUGGCGUGACUCGUGCUCCACUACAGACCCAGGAUUUGCACCAAAGGGCCGAGGAGGUUCUGCAGGAGGCUGACAAGCUUAGCUGCCGCAAGUUCUUGACCCCCAAGUCACUCGUCGCAGGCAACCCCAAGCUCAACCUGGCUUUCGUUGCCAACUUGUUCAACAAUCAUCCGGCACUUGACCCAAUCACCGAGGAGGAGAAGCUUGAAGUCGAGGACUUUGACGCUGAGGGUGAGCGAGAAGCUCGAGUAUUCACUCUGUGGCUCAACAGUCUCGACGUUCAGCCUGCUGUCGUUUCCUUCUUCGACGAUCUUCGCGAUGGCACUAUCUUGAUGCAAGCCUACGACAAGGUGAUCAAGGGCUCCGUCAACUGGCGACACGUGAACAAGAAGCCCGCCCACGGCGGCGAGAUCUCAAGGUUCAAGGCUGUGGAGAACACAAAUUACGCCAUCGAGCUGGGCAAGCAGAAUGGGUUUUCGCUGGUUGGCAUCCAGGGGGCUGAUAUCACCGAUGGUCAGAAGAUGCUUACUUUGGGCCUGGUGUGGCAGCUCAUGCGAAAGGACAUCACCCUUACUCUGUCGUCGUUGGCGCAGAAGCUCGGAAAGAGGGAGAUUACCGACGCGGAGAUGGUGCGAUGGGCGAAUGACAUGGUCAAGAAGGGUGGACGCGACUCGGCCAUUCGGUCGUUCAAGGAUCCUGCAGUCGGCUCAGGUAUUUUCCUCCUGGACGUCCUGAACGGCAUGAAGAGUAGCUACGUUGAUUAUGACCUCGUCACCCCCGGGCACACGGAUGACGAUGCGUACAUGAACGCGAAGCUUAGCAUCAGUAUCGCCCGUAAACUUGGGGCUACCAUCUGGCUCGUCCCGGAAGACAUUUGCCAGGUCCGCAGUCGCUUGAUUACGACAUUUAUCGGUUCGCUCAUGGCAACGCACGAGAAGAUGUAG